UCAUUGGAGUUAAGAUAGGAACAUGUCUGACAUCAAUAUGCCCAGCCUGGCAGGCAAGUUACAGGACUUAGAGCUGGGCCUCAAGACUGAGGACAAAAAAGGCUAUGGUCAGGCACUGAGAGAAGCUAUAUCUUGUGUGGAUAACUUUAUGGAAGUAGAAAUCUUGAAAAGUAUUGGAGACCUGCAUCUCCAGGAAGGCAAGCAGAGCAAAGAUUCAGCAGACUUUGACAAGGCUGCUGCCGUUUAUGCUGCUGCCCUACUACGCUGCACAGAUCCAGACAUGGGACAAACACUGGAACAUCGUAUCGGCUACAUGGAGAAACUCUCCAGUAAACUGCUGCAAGGAUACACUCCACACUUCCGGUGGUUGUCACCAGACUACAGGGGUACAGGUGAUAGCAAUGUCUUAAGGGUGGCAGAUAUGUGUGACAAAUUAGAUAGAAGUAAAACAGAAUCCCAGCAUUCUGUUGAGGAGACUUACACAGAAACAUUAGUGACCGCAAUAGAAAACAGCGAUACGUUUUUGGAGGUCGAGGUUUUGAAAUCUCUUGGAGAUUUCUACCUUGAGCAAGGCAAGAAAACGUAUGACUUAUCCCAGUUCCCCAAGGCAGCUGCCAUGUACAAGAAAGCCCUGACAAGAUGUGAGGAUUCUGAGACAAACCCAACCCUGCACCAUCGCAUCAGUUAUGCAGAGAAGAUCAGAGAAGCAGUGAGAAAGCAAUCAACAUCGAAAAAACCCAGGCAGAGAGGAAGAAGACCAUCCACGUCAAAGCAGUACGAAGAACAUUUGAAGAAAGGUGACUCCUCCCUUGCCAGGGUACACCUGGACUCAGCAGAGCAGCACUUUGCAGCUGCACUCAAGACAGUACACAAACAAGACCCCACAGCCCAGCAGUACCAGAGAGAGGUCGCCAACCUGGGAGAAACCAUUCUCCCAGCACUUGGAAUAAAAUCUCUUAAUGACUUCUACUCAGAAAACCCACUAGACAACUGGUACUAUGACUCUGUUACACCUCGUGGGUUUGCAUUUGAUGGUUCCAUGCCAAAAGCAAGCAAGACUCCACUGGGUAGGCAGGGAAGUGAACUCAUCUGCACCCCAAGCAACAUGGUUUCAAAACUACAAAAGGAUGUCACAUUGUACUUGAAGGAAGGGUAUAACCUUGCCACCAUCUUGAGAAACCCAUGUCUGAUAGCAGGAGACCAGGGUUUGAUCAACGCAUACAUGGAUAUCACAGGGAAGGCACUACAAGCUGAUGGGGGUAAAAUAGCUCAAGAACUGGCACAGGGGAUGCUAAGAGAAAAUCAUCAGUUGCUAAGCAACCUGGUCACCAUGGAGACAUAA